CAUGUCAGCUAAUCUUCGUAUCGUGUUAAGCCUUGAGAUAAAAAUUAUGGUUGAAAUUGUGAGUUAACGAACGGCUACCGACGAGUCAAACGCGUGUGUAGAUAAUGUGAUGUGAAUCGGGAUGGUACGCGGUCCGAAAUUCAAGACGAUAACAGGGUUUUAAUAAAACUGUUGUUAUUGCGUGACACAGUGCCAUACUUUAUCGUAGUGUCCCAACUUUUUGCUAAAUAAACCAAAAAAAAAUCUUUCUGAAACCAGCUGUGGACAGUUAAUAAUUCUUUGCAGUUUAUCUUAGUGGUGUGUUAUGUGUGUUGUAAUAGGCUGCUAGUGAUAAUUGGAGGAUAAGCGACGCGUAAACUUCAAAAUAAUUACAAUAAUCGAUGCGGUGGACACCAAACUAAAGGAGUGCAGGGGCGUUAGGUGCCGAUUAUCAUUAACGGUGUGAUACCACCAUCGCUACGUCGGCAGCCAUCGCGCACUCUGGAGUCUUACAGCGGUUCAUGGCAAGCCAUCUAACACUCAAUUUGUGCAUGAUCCAAGAACACUGAUGUGCAGUGGUGGCGAGGACGCGGCGGCAGAAUGGACGACGCCGGCAGCAACAAGCAGAGGCAAGCCACGAGGGUUUUCAAGAAGAGUUCGCCGAAUGGAAAGAUCACAGUAUAUUUAGGGAAAAGAGAUUUCGUAGACCACAUCACACAUGUAGACCCGAUUGACGGCGUAGUCCUAAUCGACCCGGAGUAUGUUAAGGACAGAAAGGUGUUUGGUCAUGUGCUGGCCGCCUUCAGGUACGGCCGCGAGGACCUCGACGUGCUGGGGCUCACGUUCAGAAAGGACCUGUACCUCGCCGCUGAACAGAUAUACCCGGCGACGAGCACGCCGAAGCGGCCGCUGACGCGACUGCAGGAGCGACUCGUGCGCAAGCUGGGCCCCGCGGCGCACCCGUUCUACUUCGAACUGCCGCCGCACUGCCCCGCCUCCGUCACGCUGCAGCCCGCGCCCGGUGACACCGGCAAGCCCUGCGGAGUCGACUAUGAGCUGAAGGCGUUUGUUGCUGACUCGCAGGAUGAUAAACCACAUAAAAGGAACUCGGUGCGGUUAGCCAUAAGAAAAAUAAUGUACGCACCGAGUAAACAAGGCGAACAGCCCUCCGUGGAGGUGUCCAAAGAGUUCAUGAUGAGCCCCAACAAGCUGUACCUGGAGGCGUCGUUAGACAAGGAGUUAUACCAUCACGGUGAGAACAUAGCGGUCAACGUGCACAUAGCAAACAACUCGAACAGAUCAGUGAAACGCAUCAAGGUGUCCGUGCGUCAGUUCGCGGACAUAUGCCUGUUCUCCACUGCGCAGUAUAAAUGCACCGUCGCCGAGGCGGAGAGCGAAGAAGGGUGUCCUGUGGGUCCCGGGUUCACGUUGAGCAAGGUGUUCACGCUGACGCCGCUGCUCGCCAACAACAAGGACAAGUGGGGGCUCGCGCUCGACGGCCAGCUCAAGCACGAGGACACCAACCUCGCCUCCAGCACGCUAAUUGCGGAUCCAUCGCAGCGUGAGAAUUUAGGUAUCAUAGUGCAGUAUAAAGUGAAGGUCAAAUUGUGUUUAGGACCACUCGGAGGCGACCUGUCGGCGGAGCUGCCGUUCAUCCUGAUGCACCCGAAGCCGGAGGAGGAGCCGCGCGCCGACGGCGCCGCCCGCGCCGCGCGCCCCGCCGCGCCCGACCACGACCUCAUACAGCUCGACCCGCCGCCGGAUGAGAACGGGCAAGAGCAAGACGACGACAUAAUCUUCGAGGACUUUGCCCGCCUGCGACUGAAGGGCGCCGAUGCGGACAACUGAACCCGCCGCGUCUCCGCCGCGCCCCGCCCGGCCCCCGCCCGCGCCCCACCUGGCCCCCGCCCGCGCCCCGCCGCGCCCCCGCCGCUCCCGCCGCCCCGCACGCGCCCCACCGGCACCACUACCAUAGGAAAUUAUUUCACAAUGCUUCGCCCAGAACGAAGCGCCGACGAUGGCUGUAUCAAACAAACACUUCAGCUGACUGCCGCUUAACUAACAAUCCCCUGUCUGAUUAAACAUCGACCUUAUUAUAACGACAUCUUGCGAAGCCGAUGAUCUAAUUCACACGUGUAAUAUAUUUAACUCUAACAAAACAGCAGUAACGCACAAGGCAGCUCUGUCCCUGCGUCCAAAGCGAGUACAUUUCAAGUACACGUGCACUUAACGAAGCCGUCGUCCGACAGCGUCAUUGAGUUAUUAUGCAAUUUUGUAUGGCAUGGUACGGCAUUGUGAAUCACGGACGUGCCUAUUAUGUAAUUCAAAUGUUUAUUAAUGUUAUAUUAGGCGUUGAAGUCACAACCGCUAAUAUGGAAGAGAUGAUGUUGAUUUUUUGUCAUGCGAUUUUCGUUUCUAACGUGCAACAUUUUUUCCGUAUAUACACGAAUUACGCAUAGAGUGAGUUUUUACAAACGAAUUAUAUUUAAUAAAUCUGUCCACACACAAACACAUAUAGUCUCUGUACAGUGUAUAAUGAAGGAUUUGAGUAUUCGCAGCGAGACGCUUGCACGCUAACAAAUACGUCACGUUUCGUUUAGUUCCAUGAUAUCGCACAAGACGGCGCACAUAUGGCGAUUAUUUGUAGGUGUAUAGCGUCUUUAUUUGAGUAAAACGUUUUAUAUUCUAUGUACCUAUGUAUAUGAAUUAAUUUUAAAACAUUUAUUUGAGUACAAUUAUGUUACUUGCGUUAUAUGAUGUCGAUAAUGAUCAAUUGCGUAGUCACGUUUAGUACAAUGUUCGAAGAUGCAUUUAAUAGGUAUAAAGAAUUGUUCGUUCAUUAAUUUCAAUAGGCGAUAUUCAGUCAACUUAUUAUUGAUGUUUGGGGUGAAAAUACUAUGCCAUGUCAACAGAAACUCGUAGAACACCAAUUUAAAACACAGCUUAACCUAUAAAGUCUCGAUGCAGCAUCAAUUUGGAAUUCUCUCUCAACAUGAUAAUAGCCGAACCACAACACAUAUUUCUUGCAUCGAGAUUUAUAGUAAGAUAAUUAUCGACGAAAAGUAUAUUUCUACAUUAAAAUCACAACGUUACAUAAAACUAUUUAUGUAGUAUGAACUAUAUUCAAUUAUAUAUUUAUCACAUAAUUGUCGAUAAAUGUUGACGAUUUUUUUAUUCUAAUCAAAGUGUUUUAAUGAACUACUUUUGGAAUAUGAACUAUAUUUGUUAAAACGCGAGUUAUGGCCCGCGGCUAUUAACAUCGGGCCUGGAGCGACCUCCGCACGUGGCCUUCUAUAUAAAGAAUUUAUAUCGACUCUUUUAGAUAAAUUAUAUCAUGUCUCGUUGUAGGGAAAUGUACGUUGAUUUUACUGUUUGUUCUUGUAUUGACAUUUUAAAAAUGGAUCGAUGUUUGCGAUAAGCUGUAAAGGAGAAAUCUUUACGACGAAAAUUAUCGAUAUCGAUAUUUUUUGUGAUCCUAUUUGAUGUGGAUUAAGAUUUCUCUUUUAGCAAGUCUGAUAUAACUGGUAUUGUAUUAUUGCAGUGUUAAGUGAAAAUAAAUGAUUAGCAAGUUGAGUGUUUGUGGUCGAGUUUGCAGUUUCAGAGUUUCUAAGAGCGUCUGUUGUUAAUACGAUGGACGUUUCGCGAAUGUUCGUCAUUUAGUACAAUUCAUACUACGAUCCCGGUCGCGUCAUUGUUUGAUGAUUCGACAAUUAAUUAUAAAGUUAUAAUCGAUACUACAUAAAGACAAACUUGUAUAUAACAUUCAUUUUAUUUUAAAUUUAUUUUCAUAGAAUAUAAUUAUCGCGUUUCAGUUUCAUAACCGCAUCAUUUGUAUUCUGUUAAAUGUAAGGAGAACAAUUCAUCGGAAUAUUUUUAUAAUAACAGGUCACUUUACAGGCGUAUUAUAAAUAAUUGUAUAAAUCAUUAAUAAAAAUGGAAUAUUAUGUCGUUGUAUGUUUUAGGUACGUAUGUUUAUAGCUUACUCCGUCGGUGUCGAUAAAUGUAAUGUGGUCUCUAAGAACGCGACGCUACCAAUUAAUAUAGCUUCAUCAAUUUCUUUUUCAGAUAUAUUUACAUAAAAGAAAGAGACGGUUAUGAUCGAUAAUCAAAAAUACUCGUAAUGUGUUGGACGUCACUAGCGAACUGAAAGAUGGCUAUGAAGUUGGUAACGUCGCGUCUCUAGUACGAUACACACAAGUCUUAUGAUAUUCGUUUUAUUAUGUACAUUUGUUCAAUGUGUACAGUAAUAGUUGUGUAAAUUAUGUGGCAUGUUAAUUGUACAAUAAGCUUUACGAUGCACAAAAAUAAAGUAUUUUUAAUCUUGUAACAUCAAUGGUAGGGAUUCAGUUUAUUUAUUCCUGUUUGUUUACGACGAAUGUUUUACGAACAAUUACGGUUUUAUACGAGUACGUUUUUAGACGUAAUUUACGAUGAUUAUAAUGUCACGUCAUCGAGAUACAGAAUCGAUAUACUAUCAAUUUUACUUAUCGAUUAUAAUUUAUGAGAUAUGCGGCUGUGAUAAGUCGGUAAUCGAGUCACAUUUUCAUGUAUUGGUAUAUAUUCAAAUAGUUGCUAAAAGAUGACGUUGUCAGAAUGUUUUUCUUUGUUGUAUAUUCGCUUAUAAACGUACUCCACAUUAAUCGAUUAUUUUUUAUAUAAUUCAUUAGUCAUUUCUAUCAUAAUUGUAAUUUAUUGUAAUUUGUAGACUAGAGUAUGGAAUUACGGGCCGUAUUGUAAAAUCUUGUUUGUUGGCUUUUUAUCUACAAUAUAGAUUUUAUUUGUAACGCGCGUAUGGGCGCGUCAUGCGUCUAACAACUAUUCAAUAUUUAUGUUGCUAUAAAAUUUUGAAUGUAUUAUUUAUGUAUUUUGAAUGUAAGUAUUAAAUUUAAAUAAACGUUUUGUAUUACUGAUGUAGGAUGAAAUAAAAAGACGAUGCAGUGGGUUUACAGCCAAAAGGUAGCAGCUCUCAGUAUGGCCUAGGUUGGCGCAACGCUAAGUACAAUUUGCCAGUUUAUUUUUUUUUUGUCAUGAGGCUAAUUUUUCACUUUUUGCACAUUCUUAAAUCAGAUAUAAUGCGGAUACUAUUUGGCUGUAAAAUUAAUUGUGUAAAAUUUUCAGCUCAUGUAAUUUUAAAGCCAUUAUGAAGGCAGCGUUCUUCGGCCGCGUGGAGAGUUUAGUUGUAAAUUGGAUGUCUAUUAAAUUGUGGUUAAAUGUAGGAGCCUUACCGCGGCCGCCGACCGAUGCUGAAUCAAUGCAGAAACACUGAUGGCAAAGCGCACUUCUUUUUUAAUUUUACAUCGAAACAUUUUUGAUGUAUACUUUUUCAAUAAAUAAUAUGUAACCAA